AUGGCUGAACAGCAGCAGGAACACGGCGUUGACUUGGACCAGAGUCAGUUCAGCUGUCCAGUAUGUCUGGACCUGCUAAAGGAGCCAGUAACCAUCCACUGUGGGCACAGUUACUGCAGGAGCUGUCUUGAGAGUUGCUGGGACCAGGUGAAGGCGAAGGGAAAGUACAGCUGCCCUCAGUGCAGGCAGACUUUCAGUCCAAGGCCUGUUCUGCGGCGGAACAACAUGCUGGCUGAGGUUGUGGAGAAGCUGAAGAAGACAAGCAGCCAAAAGGCUUCUCCCUCUGCGGGUCUGGCCUGUGCCGGCCCAGCAGAUGUCGCCUGUGAUUUCUGCUGCGGGACCCAGCCCAAGAAAGCCACGAUGUCUUGCUUGACAUGCUUGGCGUCUUACUGUCCGGCUCACCUCGAGCCUCACCACAGCGUUCCCGUGCUGAAGACACACCAGCUGGUCUCAGCUACAAUCCCACUGCAGGAAAAGAUGUGCACUAAGCACAACAAGCUGAUGGAGGUCUACUGUCAGACGGACAAGAGGUGCAUCUGUUAUCUGUGCACCAUAGACGACCACAAGCGCCACGUAACGACAUCAGCUGCAGCAGAGAGGGCUGAGGAACAGAUGCAGCUGGUUGUGAGUCAAAAGAAAGUCCAGGAGAGAGAAAAGGAGAGAGAAAAGGAGCUGGCUGAGCUGGGCCAAGCUCUGAAGGAUUUCAAGAGCUCUACCCAGACCGCAGUGAAGUCCUGUGAUAAGAUCUUUGAUGAGCUGAUCUCCUCCAUAAAGAGAAAACGCACUUUGGCGAAGCAGCUGAUCAAAGCCCAGGAGAAGACUGCCGUGGCCCGUGCCGAGGAGCUGCAGCUGCGGCUUGAGCAGGAGAUCGCCAAGCUGAAGAGGAGAGACGCCGACCUGGAACAGCUUUCCCACACAGAGGACCACAUCCAUUUCAUUCAGAUCUUCCAGUCUCUCUCCAGCCCCUGCGAAUCGCCAGACUUGCCACCCGGAGCUGUUGUUCGUCCUCAGCGUUCGAUUCAAACUGUGACUGGCUGCAUGUCUGAGCUGAGAGAUGACAUAGAGAAGCUCCUGAAGGACAAAUGGCCUCAGAUCUCUCUCACAGUGUCUACUGUAGAUGUUGUACUGCCACCUUUGCCAAAGACCAGAGAGGAGUUUUUAUGCUAUUGCUGUCCUCUAACACUGGAUGCGAACUCAGUCUACAAAUACUUUUCCCUUUCACAGGAACACAGGCGGGUGACUUGUGGAUACUAUGAGAACUACUAUGCUGAUCACUCAGACAGGUUUACGAAUAUCAGACAGGUGUUGUGCAGAGAGGGUUUGUCAGAGCGAUGUUACUGGGAGGUCAGUUGGAUUGGUCAGACUUGGUCGGUGGCAGUGUCGUACAAGGACAUCAGCAGAAAAUCCUCAUAUGACUCAGAGUUUGGAAAAAAUAACAAGUCGUGGAGUUUGCUGUGUUCCCCUAAUGGUUAUACUUUCUGGCACGGCGGAUCAAGCAGGGCGGUGUCAGGGCCUAAAUCCUCCAAGAUCGGAGUGUACCUGGAUUACAAGGCAGGCAUCCUGUCUUUUCAUAGCAUCUCUGACACAAUGACUCUGCUCCACACAGUCGAGGACACAUUCACUCAGCCUCUCUAUCCCGGCCUUGGGCUGAAUACUGAUCGAUCAAACAGUGGAUAUUACGCAGAACUGAUCAAGUUAUGGUGAUAAGAUUUAUAUUGGGGUGUUUCUUUUUGUUGCCACUGUUGAUCAGGCUGUAAUUGCAAUUGCUAUAAUUGUAAUUUUUCAGCGUUGUCCUUUGUUGCAGAGUUUUUGUGCCAAUUUUCCCAGUAGCUUUUCAGCAUUAACAAGAAAUGCUGCAAAAAAUUCCGACCACUAUUUUGGUGAAAAUUUGUAAAACUUUAAUCUUAUACAUAAAUGACAAAUACUGCAUCCCUGCAACUUCGCCCUAGUUCUCUGAGUAACAACAUCCAAAGGCCCGAACAAGUAGUUUCCUAAUUGCAACGCUUAAAACAGGUAAAAGGGUCGUUUUUGAACUCAUACACUUACUAUUUUUUAUAUCAAGAGUCGGAGAAGAUAUUACACCGUUAUUUACGAGACCAGGUAAAGUGCCUAAAAAGAGAAGAACAUUGGAACGAGGGAGGGGUCAGGUUGUAAGCUCCACCGAGGGCAGGACAGGUGGAAAGGCAUAAAUGUGAAUGCUUUCAAAUUCUGGUUCAGUUGCUCCCAGGACCAGCUCAGUUUAUUGUAUGCUUUUUUGUCUAUAUGCAAUAAAUCAGACCCAGUGGACUUCAGUUAAUUACUUACUACGUUGGACUUAAAUGGAAAAACCGUGUGGUGGAGGGGCCCAAGCCUGACCGGCCCCGCUGAGGGUUUCCUCUCCUCGCAGUAGAGUGGCGUGUGUUGGUAAACACACACGUUGUGAACCGGUUUGGAGUUUUUCCUUUCACUUUGGCUCUCCCAGCUGAAACAAACUCAUUGCUCCGUGGGGUUUUCAGGUAUUUCUCAGUAGGUACCACGUGGGUCCUUGCUGGAGGUCUGUCUGAUUUAAAACAGGACUUCUGAAGAUGUUCUAAAAACAGGAAGGUUGUUGUUGUUGUUGUUUUUCCUGUUGAAUGUGUUUCAAAGUAUUAUGGCCUGCACUUAAAGUGACAGCAUGUUAAAAGGUUUGCUUUCAGUUAUUUCAUUUGGAUUUAAAACUUUUUGGAAUACUUACACAGUUUUGCAUAAAAUUGGUGCUCAGAAAUAGUGACACUUACUUUCUUGAAAAAGUUACUUCAGGCUAUAUUAGCAAUGCCACAGUUACUUUUGUAUUUGUGUAUUAACAUUCCACUCUGUUACUUUUUUUAGACUAUAAUUUUAGUAAAUAUUACAAUACAAUAUCUGUUUAUUUUUAGUUAUUUACAUGAUCAUGCACAUUGGGAGAAUUUAU